AUGCGCAUGAUGGGUGGUUCGACGAAGACCUUUGGGACGCCCAUCUUCCAAGGACCGCCGGUCACUCCACCGCUGGAGCUGCACUUCCGGCAGGACCCCUGCCUGUUCCGUGAGCGGCUGACGGACGCCUUUAGGAUGGUAGGCAUGGGAAUCGUCCGCCUGGAGGAGGACGCCCCGACCGCCGCUGGCGCGGGGACCGUCAUGAAGCCCUGGCCUGACGACCGGACUGCUCUACGUUUCAGCAUCGUCUUCGACAUGUUCCACAAGACCAUGGCUGUCAUGGCUUCCAUCGCCCGCGGCCAGGAUGUCCAGGUUCAUAAUCUCAACGGGAGCAUGGCGUGGGUGCGCUUUCAGCACUUUUCCGUCACGGACGCCCUUCGACUUUUGGUGGCGGAAACAGCGCGCCACAGCAUCUCCGGCCGCCACGCGGCGCACGCCCUGGACAACAUCCGCCUACAGGAAGGGGAGUAUUGGGAGACGGGCCUCAAUCGCCUAGCACGCAUUGCGCGCGCUGCGAGCGUCCUCCCCGAUCGCCCCUACCUCGCGUGGACCAAGGAUGCCUUCUCGCGCCAAGCCAAGCAGCGCGGCUCAUCCCUUGCGCUGCUUGAAGGGGAGACUGCUGGCGUCCCGCUGUCGGUGGAUCGCCAGGGUUCGACUUCGGACUCGGACGCCGACCGAGUCGACGCCCAUGUUGCUGCGGUCGACACUGCUGGGGACGGACCCCCGGCGACCCAUGCGGCCCCUCGGGCCCCGUUCGACAGUUGCGCUACGCGGCCAGCUGGUCAAUCGCGCCUUCAGGACUUCAGGAAGCGGGAGCGGACGCGUGGCCAAGCGGGUGAUGCCGGUACAGGAGUGCGCGACUCGAGUCGCCAGCACCGCACAGAGAGUCAAGCGCCUCAGCCCGCAACCCGAGGGCAGCCGGCCGAGCGUGGACCACCCUCCGGCGCCCCACAGCUUGCCGCCGAUGCGCCAGCACCCGACGCUGAUCAAACGCAGAUCCAGAAGUUCAUCAUGCUCGAUGGGGUCUGCUUCAACUAUGCGACGGGAUUUCCGUGCCAAAGGAUGAUGCAGGAUCACCACUGUCACCACCUGCACACCGGCGAGCCCAUCCCCGUCAAGGCAUACCCGCGACCGCCGUCCUGGAACGCGACCACCCCGGUGGCGGCCGUGCAGGAAUACGACGAAAACGUCCUGUACGCGGCUGAUGCCUUCGCCAGCUGGACAGACUCCUGCGGGCACGAAGCAGCGGAGGACACGCCGGAUGCCAGCGCCUGA